CCACCAGUAGAGUCAACUAUUUGGCAAAGAGGAGAGAACAGUGAACGCUGGCGGAGCUAAGCGCACACUUUGGAUUAUAGCCAGGAACUGGGCACACGACUUUUGCCAAACAGAAGUUGUGGAAAAUGGCGCUACGUGGGGUCAACUUAUUUUUGUUUUUAUGUUUUAGCCAAGUUUUUUCAAGUCUUCAGUCUAAAGAACAAGUAUUGCUGGAUAUGAGAGCUUCAGGAGGAGAGCUGGGAUGGCUGACGUUGCCAUUUGAGAACGGAUGGGAGAUUGUCCAAACAGUGGUCAACGGUUCACUUCUUUAUACCUACAGCGUUUGCAAUAUAGACUCUACAGAACAGGACAAUUGGCUGCGCACUACUUUUAUCCAGAGGCGACCUGGGACCACUCGCGUAUCUGUAGAGCUCAGAUUUGUCGUACGAGACUGCAAUUCAUUCGGAGGCGCGUCGGUUUCCUGCAAAGAAACCUUUAAUCUUUUUAUUUCCGAAGCCGAUGCCGACGUAGGAACGAAUUUCCGCAAAGGACAGUUUAAGAAAGUCGCCACAAUCGCACCGGAUGAGAUCACGAGAGGACGCAUUCUUAAAGUCAAUACUGAGACCAGAACUUUCGGCCCACUCUCAAGGAAAGGCUUCUAUCUCGCCUUUCAAGAUAUGGGUGCUUGUGUGGCACUGCUGUCUGUCAGGGUCUACUAUAAAACAUGCCCAUCCACAGUGCAAAGUUUGGCUGCGUUCCCAGAGACAGUUGCAGAUUCAUUGAGGGAAGUGGAGGGAUCGUGUGUGGAGAAUGCCGUCAGUACAACCACCCCGAAAAUCUACUGCACCGCGGAGGGCGAGUGGGUGGUGCCCGUGGGCCAGUGCCAGUGUCUCCCGGGUUACGAGACGACCGGGGACUCGUGCCAAGCUUGCAAACCGGGCUACUUCAAACCAGCUCUGGGGAAUGACCUGUGCCGAGUUUGUCCAGACAACACCAGACCCUCUGACACUGGAGCGACCAAAUGUGAAUGUGAAGAGGGGUAUUUCCGUUCCCCCUCGGACCCCCUCACUGCCGCCUGCUCUGCUCCUCCCAGUGCCCCCCGUGACCUCAUUUCCACCACGCUGUCUGCAGAGGGCAAGCUACAGCUGUCCUGGGACCCUCCUCUUGUAACCGGUGGUAGAUCUGACCUUACCUACAGCGUUGUGUGUGAACUCUGUGAUGCCAGCUCGUGCGUCCCGUGUAGUGACAAACUUCGGUUUGACCCCUCCCCCACGGACCUACGGGAUACCUCGGUUAUAGUCGGGGACCUGGAUUCUCAUCUUAACUACACUUUCACCGUGGAGGCGCACAGUGGAGUGUCCCAGCACAGCUCAAACAGGCCCAUAGCAACGAUUACCACGGCACUGGACUAUUUAGCUCCUCCCAAAGUGACGCUGAUCCACCUGGAUGAACGCAGCCCCACCAGUCUGUCCUUGUCCUGGGUCCUGUCCCGAAGACCACCCGCCCACAUCAACCACCGCUACGAGCUUAUGUACAGGAGAAAGGAUGAUGAAGGGGAGAGGGAUGUGACUACUUACACAGUCCUGAUUUUGGAGAAGAAUUCAGUGCAGAUAAACGACCUCUCUCCAGACACAACCUAUAUGUUCAGAGUUCAGGCGCUGAGUCCAGAAGGAAACCCAGGCAGCUACAGCAUGGAGCACGAGUUUCACACCUCACCGUUGGCAGAGUCUCAGAUCCAGAAUAACUCCACUAUUGUGAUGGGCGCGGUGGUGGGAGUAGCCGUCAUGCUGCUCGUUGUGGUAGCGGUCCUGCUUCUGCGCAAACGGAGACUGAGCGCACGUGGCAGAGGAGGACCGGAGGAUCCCUACUUUUCGACAGACCAACUGAAGCCUUUGAAAACGUAUGUCGACCCACAUAUGUACGAAGACCCCAACAUCGCCAUCCAGAAGUUUGUCACUGAAAUCGACCCAAACUUUAUCUCCAAACAAAAAGUGAUCGGCGUGGGAGAGUUUGGUGAGGUGUUUCGCGGUGUCAUGAAGUCGCCAUUACGAGGCGAGGUUGCCGUGGCGAUCAAAACUUUAAAACCAGGAUACUCCGAAAAACAGAGGCAGGACUUUCUGAGUGAAGCCAGCAUCAUGGGACAGUUCUCUCAUCCCAAUAUUAUCCGUCUGGAGGGAGUGGUCACGAAAUUCAAGCAUGCAAUGAUAGUGACGGAAUACAUGGAAAAUGGUGCUUUGGACACUUAUCUAAGGGACCGUGAUGGCGAGCUGCCGUCCUAUCAGCUGGUGGGAAUGCUCAGAGGAAUCGCAGCCGGGAUGAAGUACCUUUCCGACAUGAACUACGUACACAGGGACCUGGCAGCGAGGAACGUCCUGGUCAACAGUAACCUGGAGUGCAAAGUGUCCGAUUUCGGCCUGUCCCGUGUGCUGGAGGAUGAUGCUGAGGGGACAUACACAACCAGGGGAGGCAAAAUACCCAUUCGCUGGACCGCCCCCGAGGCCAUCGCGUACAGGAAGUUCACCUCUGCGAGCGACGUGUGGAGUUUUGGCAUCGUUAUGUGGGAAGUGAUGGCUUUUGGAGAACGCCCAUACUGGGACAUGAGCAACCAUGAGGUUAUGAAGGCAAUCAAUGAGGGAUUCAGACUCCCUGCUCCCAUGGACUGUCCCUCUGCCAUCUAUCAGCUGAUGCUCCAGUGCUGGCAACACGACCGCUCAAACCGACCGCGUUUCACCGACAUCGUCAACAUUUUAGACAAACUGCUCCGAAGCCCAGAGUCUCUGAAAACCAUUGCGGACUUUGAUCCACGAGUGUCUAUCCGCCUGCCCAGUACCAGCGGCUGUGAUGGCACCAUGUUCAAGACCGUGCCCGAGUGGUUGGACUCCAUCAAAAUGGGCCAGUAUUCGGACAGCUUCGCCCGGGCGGGGGUCACCAGCAUGGACCAAGUGCUCAGUCUGCGGCAUGAAGACAUCAGAAAUAUCGGAGUGCGACUGCCCGGCCACAUGAAGCGGAUAGCCUACAGCAUCCUGGGCCUGAAAGACGAGACCAGCUCCCUCAGCGUGUUUGCCGUGUGAUCUCAGCAUUCCUCCAAAUCAAAGUGCACUGACCGACCAUGCCAUUUCACUCACUGAGAAGGAGGAGGAGGGCGGACCGAGCGGGGGGCUGUAACCGUGACGCCAGCCUAGGGUGACCACCUCAAAUUGCCCACUUUACAACUGAUGCCACGAGCUUAACCAAACAAACCAGCACAUGUCACGCAUUUAUAUUUACACUUAAACCAGAGAUUGUUCUAUUAAAUGUAAUAUUACAGAAUGUUAGAACUGGAAAUUAGGAUGUUGUUUUGACAGGUGAAGACGUACCGGGUUUGCUUUAGCGCUUGUUUGUCUAAGGGGGUAUCCCAUAAUGCUUUGCGAUGUGAUGUCACAAUACAUUUUUUGCAACUGUGAAAAGCGCUAAUGUAGAAAAAGAGAAAUGAGUAGCUGAAUAUUGAAGGAUAGACUUGAGAAAUGUAUGCUCAUCGAUAAUAACUGCUAUAACAUUUUAAUCAAUCAUAGCAGUAAAUGUCAACAUAAUACACCUAUACACCUGCACUGGAUAAGAAAUGACAAUGUUAGAUAAGAUACUAAGUAGGUAAAUGCUUGAAUCAAGUAGUAGUUAUGAUACAAGUACAUUUUGACUGUCUUAAAAGUGUCUUGUUUUACUUCAAAUUUCAGUGUGAAAGCCAGUACAUCCACAAAACAUUUAAAAUAUCACAUUUGUAAACGUCACUUUUUAUACUUCACGUGGCAUCAGUGAAAAAGUGGGACAUUCCCGAGGCACAUGAGCCUAAAUGGACAACUUUAAGAGGGACGCAGGGGGUCACCCUACACCCACCUUUGGCACAAUAUCAAGACCUCCUCCAAGCCGCUCAGAAAUGACUGACUUUAAAUACAAAAAAAAAGAAACACUUAUGUACUUUAUGAUAACUGAAGAAAGUAAUUUAAAUCUGUAAAAGUAAUGUGUAUAUUGUGUAUAUUUUUGAGACUUCAUAGUAGUGCUUGGUAUAUAGAUAUUGACUGAAAUAUUAAACUCUGUGAGAUUAAGGGCUACUUUUUCCAAGCACUCGUUGUCUUAUAUGGAUUUUUAAGUAGUAUUUUUGCUACGCCAGUUUUUGCAACAUUUUUGAUCGUCUUUUUUUAUAAAUAAUGGAAUAAUAUUUUUCCACUCAGGGCGAAGAAUCAAACAUUCUUACUGUUUGUAGUUUCAAUUUUCUUCAAGUUUUUUCUCCUUUGUUUACAUUGCGUCUUAUAACUGUUCAUUUUAUUUAAUAUUUAUUUUAUAUUUAUGUUGUAUGUUACAUGAAAAUGACUUUUGACACAUUGUAAGUAAAUGUAUUUUGUCUUAAAUAAAUCAUUGUUGCCUUGUG